AUGCCGCUGGAUCACCGGCGAGUGCCGGGCCCGGAGGAGUCGCAAUCGCCGCUGCUGUACGUACCCGGCGGCCAGAAGGCGAGCGGCGAGGUGGCCCAAGCCAACCGGGACCCCUCGGCCCUGCAGCCGCUCUUCGCCCGCGUGGGGCUGCUGAGCCAAGCCAAAGGCUCGGCCUACGUGGAGCUGGACGGGGGCACCAAGGUCCUCUGCUCCGUGGCCGGGCCGCGCGAAGUGGGCGGCGGCGGCGGUCCGUCCGGCGCUCCGUCCGAACAGCGGGUCCGGCUGGUGUGCGACUUUCGCCGGGCGCCUUUCUCCGGCCGCGGCGCCCGCAGCCGCCCCGGCGAGAAGGAACCCGAGCUGGCCCUGGCGAUGCAGGAGGCGCUGGAGCCGGCCGUGCGCGUGGCGCGCUACCCGAGGGCGCAGCUGGAGGUGAGCGCGCUGCUCCUGCAGGACGGCGGCUCUUCCUUGGCCGCCGCCCUUUGCGCCGCCGGGCUGGCUCUGGCCGACGCCGGCAUCGAGCUCUACGACCUGGUGGCGGCUUGCCGGGGUUUGGACUAG